AUGGAAGAACAUCAAUAUUCUUGUCUCUGGAUAACAUUUGCACCCUGUCUUUACAUUUUUAUGCACCAUUAUUCACAAGCAACACCAUCAUACAUCAAUUCAUUAUCAACAAUAUAUAUGAUCAUGUAUCCAAUCUUGCUACUGCCAUCUCUUAAAAUUUUUGCUGUUUGGGAUUUACACGGUGGACUCUUGUUUGGGGCCUUUUUAAAUUCGCUUGGAUCGUUUGUACGUUUUUUGGGAUCAUUUGGACCUCGUGGAUUUUGGGUGUUGUUUUUAGGCCAGACUAUAGCAGCCUCAGGACAAGUAUUUAUAUUGGGUUUACCGCCAAAAUUGGCUAUAACAUGGUUUGAUCAUGGUGAACAAAAUUUGGCUGCUUCUAUUGGAAUUAUGGCAAAUAAUGCAGGAGUGGCUGCUGGAUUUUUGUUGUCUCCAUUUAUGAUUAAAGAGGAAACGGCACAAUAUGAUAUUCCAAAAUAUCUUUUAAUACAAUGUGGUGUAUGUACUUUUAUAUAUCUAUUUUUGGUCUUGGUUUUUAGAUCUUCACCUUCACAUUCAUCAUCCAACAGUAAGUCGGUUGUAUCAUUGACAGUGUUUAUUUCAUAUUUUGCAGAUAAACCAUUUAUAUUUUUAACAACAUCUUUUGGAAUUAUAAUUGGAGCACAAUAUGCUUUAAGUACUUUAUUAGCACAAAUGAUAAUGCCUGUAUUUGAGAUUUAUGAUGAGACAAAAAUAGGUAUAUUAGGAUUUUCAAUAGUAGUAGCAGGUGUAGUUGGAUCGUUUGUUAUUGGCAUAUAUCUUGAUCAUUCAUUUGCAUACAAACGUUCAUGUCAUGUUUUAUACAUUGGUACAAUAAUUGCCCUUGGUAUAUUUAAUAUUUCUUUAAAAAAUGAAAUAUUAAGUUUAGCAUUUUUAUCAAGCAUAUGUUUUGGAAUAUUUUCUUUUGCAAUACCUUCUGCAAUAUUUCGAUAUGCGACACUUGCCACAUCUAUGAGAGAAGGUGAGGAUGAAAUAGCUAGCACAAGCAUAUUAAAUACAUCAGCACAAAUAUGGGGAAUAUUAUUGGUAGCAUUGAUGGACAUUGCAGAGAAUAAUGAUAAAAUAUUUACAAUGGAAUUAUCAAAUUGGAUGUUGUUUACAAUUUUAGUGUGUGGUGCAGCUUUAUUGUGGGUGAUGGAUGACGAUAGAGUAGCAAGGAAAUUAAAUGUUGAUGAUGAAUAUGUUGAGGUUAAUGUUAGUGGUGGCAGUGGUGAUGGAAAUAAUAGAAGUAAUAUUUGUAGUAAUGAUAAUGAUAGAGGAAGUGACGAAGAAUUGGAAAUUCUUGAAGUUAUGCAAGAGGAAUGA